GCCGAGGUAAAGAUCAACCCCAAAAGUAUGAUGUCAUUCGAAUAGAGAUCCUCGUGUUCUCCUCUUCCCAUCAUCUUUAUUGAUAUCGGCUUCAAAUCAACACCAAACACACCUUUCUAAGCUAGAUCUUACGAUGCCACCCAAAACAGCAUCAGAGAAAGUGGAUCAAGUCGCCCGCAAUGAGGCGAUCGUCAAUCCAUCUGGUGCCGCCAUCAGCGGCUUCGCAGCAGCGUAUCUCAUAGGCGUCCCCAUUACCUCCAGCAUCACCAAAGCAGAUGGCGUGUUCCAUGGCAUCCUCGAGCGAGUCCUCGAGGUCUUCCCCGGCGGCGUAGCUCCAGGCCGCACCAUCCCAGCCCUCACGGCGAUCUACGUGUUCAUCACGUUCGGGGCGUCCGGCGCAAUCUCGGCAGCGGGCCAGGCCAUGGGCCGCCGCGAGGGACUGGACAAUAACACGCCACGGAAACACGUCCACACGCUGGACGGGCUGCCGCUGCGCAUGCGGUCCGCUCACUACAACCUGAUGGAGAACUUUGCCGGGUUUGCCAUCGCGGCGUCGCUGGCACAGAGCCUGGCGCCUGCUGACACGCACAUUGCGAAUUUGCUGGGGUUGCAUGUGUUGUUGAAGACGGGCUUGUACUAUGUUAGUUACUUGGCUAACAUCGCACCUCCUCGUACGGUGAGCCAUGUUCUGGCAACUAGCGCAGUCAUUAAUGUCUGCUGGAGGUUGGCGAACGGUGCUUAAAUACUUAUGUAUAUAAGCGUGGGGAAACUCGUUUCGUACAUCUUGAAAGAUGUAUUGCCUUCUCCAUGCAGGGCACUUACUAUUGUUCCGGUUCUAUACAUGAACUCAUAGAAUGCAAUUAGUCCUCAGACUUCUUUGAUGUGCUUAGUGUAAACUUUUAAC